AUGAGCGGUGAAAGGGGAGGAGGCCAUCCUUCCAACUACUACGCUAAAGAAUGGGACCCGGUGUUCUCAAGAGACCGAAAUUUCAUAGAGGACAGGUCCUAUGUUGACUAUAAAAGAGGCAUCGAUGCAGACGGCGACGAGUUUGGCAUCUUCUUCCAAGACUCUGAAGAUUCUGUGCCCUCGUGCAAGGUCGAAGAAGUAAAAGAAUUCUGUCAAGCUGCCCGUCUAGUUGAUCUCAAAUCACGUGCGGGCACGGCAGGACAACGGCGAGCUGCAUGGCUCGAUGACAGGAGUUCUGCCCGCCUGAUGACCAGUCGCGCAAGGGAGUACGAAAAUCUGCUCACUGCAGCCGCACUCUAUGAACACUUGAAAGAACCGCGAUUUAACAAUUCAGACAAACCCGACGCGGACAGACGCCUGAUUUACAUUGCAGAUUUAGAUCCCUACUAUAUUCUUGCUCUUACAGAGACAGCGUCAUUUCAUCAAGUCUCAGUGCUGAGAGAUGCUAUUUGGAAAUACUUAGCAUGUCAAACAUCAAUUAGGGUUAAGAUUCCCUAUAGGGGAUAUCCCAUCUUCCAGAUGGAGUUCCAUAUCUCCUACUUUGCAUUGAGAGCAUCAUCACCUAAGGACCCUUCUCGGAUAAUAGGAAACAUCAAUCCACCAAGACAAUGGACAGAUCUGUCGUUUCUAAAAAUACAGCCUCCCAAGUCACAAGAUCAGAGGGAGUACGGCAUGCAUGAAGCGCAGAUCUCGGUCGUUAUAUGUGGCUCAGACAAUUGGCGGUGGGCUGGAUAUGCUUUUAUUGACACUAGCUUCGAGGGUGAGGACUUGGGAGAUGGCAUCUUUUCCUACGAAGAUGUUCACGAGGAUCCAAUCGCCUCGAAUAGUGAACUCCACGCAAACCUCCCGAUCUGGGAUCCGAGGGAAUACUUUCUAACAAUACUUGAAAUCCGAAUGACUCAAGUGAGAAAGGAGUUGGAAUAUCUGGUUCGAACGGUAGAGCGCAGCGUCAAACAGAAUAGAAAUUGGGACUCUUCUACUUUAUCGCAGCACCCCAGAACCGCAGGAGACCGAGCCGAAGAUAUUAAAAAGACUUUCGACUGGACUCAGCAGAUUAUAGAGCUCCUGAGCCGGGUGUUGGGUGUUCUUUCCGGAGAUAUUAAGUGUUGGGAGAGAUUCAAGUCGCCUAAUGGGGAUAUUGGCUACUUUUCCGACAUAGACUCCUCCCCUGACGCCUCACAUCGUCGUCGUACUCGCCUGUCGCUUCGUGCCAUCAAUGAGACAUUUGAGACACUAGAAGGUCUUCAACAGAAAUUGCUUCUCCUGGACAAGUCUUGCCGCAAUUCUGCCCAAGACCUCCAACUUCGAUUGACUCUCGAAUCCAAUGAAGUGGCACAGCAAAAUGGAGUCACCACGGAACUAACAGUUUCGAUCCUCUCUCCUGUUGCGCUCACUAUCGCGUAUUUCUCCAUGCCACAGGCGGUCAUACCUUUCAAGCUGGAUUCGAAAUCCUUCAUUGUCACCACUUUCACAAUUAUGGUCGUAGUAAGGCUAUUGUUUGUCGUUAUACGUGCCCUGCUACGCCAACCUUGGUGGUGGAAGAAAAUCACCGCCUGGAUGAAGAAAUUACAGUUGGACGAAAUGGCCCACAGCAGGCUUGCGCUAAGAAGGGGUCGCAUUUAUCCCGACAGAAGCACGGAUGACAUAGAAAUGGACACUCUGGGGGUGUAG